AUGAUCUCGAUACUCUCUUUUCCUUACCAGUUUCUUGCUCAAAACUUUGUGGUUUCUGGAUUGGGUCGAAUCGAAAUACCGACAUUCGAAAUUCCAACUCCAGUCAAUUUUAUUGAACCAUGGGAACUUGCAAUAACUGUUCAGAACCACACACUCGACAAUUCAUUCGUAUCAAUGAAUUAUACAUUUGAGAGUAUUGAUGGAUCUUAUGUCUAUGAAUUUCCAAGAAACACAACGUCCCCUCUUUAUGGAACUGCACAAACAAAUUUCUUGCAUCUGAACGGAUCCCUCUCAUACAAAUGGACAAUUGACUACCAUUAUAAUACUGAUAAACCGCAAAUUAUUCAAAUAAGAAUGUACUGUAAAGACUAUCACGACUUCCUUCCACUGCCAGAUUUCUAA